GAAACACACACCUGCAAUUUACAAUGUCAAAUUGCAAACUGAAUUUGCUUUCCUCAAGCCACACUCUUCAGAUCCGUACAAGGCGCAGUGCAAGUUGUGCCCUGCAAGUGCCAAUGGAAGGAUUGCUUCGUUUCGUUGUGAAAGAAGUGACAUCGAGAGACAUGUUAAAUCAGAACGUCACAUUGCCAGCUGCAAAGAGGUAAAAUCAGGACAAUGCAAAUCUUCCUGGCAAACAACGCGGAGAAUAAGGAAGCGAUAAAGUUUGAAAACCAAGUGAAAUACGCAGAAUUAAAAUUGUGUGGUUUCUUUGCUGCUCACAAUGAGGCAUUUAUGAAAAUGGACCAUCUUCUGGAUGUUUUAAAGCAGAUAUUUCCUGACUCAAAAAUCGUUCAAGGAAUUUCCUGCAAAAGAACGAAAACGAAAGGAGUAAUAAUGAAUGUACUGGGCGUCGACGAAAAAGAAAAUUUGGUUUCUGUUUUGAAAAAAAACAAGUUUUCUAUUUUAGUUGACGAGUCCACAGACAUCUCAUCUGUAAAAACAUUUUGCAUCUUGGUGAGGUUUUAUGCUGAAAAUUGCGGUAAAAUUUUAUCUCGGUUUUGGGAUUUGCAACAAGUUUUCACAGAGAGUGAUCCAGAUGGGGCAGAGGAAGGUGCAACUGCAAGAAGAUUAUUCACCAUCAUGAAAAAGACAUUUGACAAACAUCAGAUACCAUUUGCAAAUGUUGUAGGCUUUGGAUCUGAUGGUUGCAACACGAUGAUGGGUGGCGAUAAUAGCGUCGCUUCGAGAAUGACAGAAUUGUGUCCAGGAUUGCGGGUGUGCAAGUGCCUUUGCCACUCUUUGCAUCUUUGCGCAAGUGAAGCUUGCAAGUGUCUUCCACGCUCUACAGAAGAUCUCGCUCGAAACAUUUAUAACUUUUUUAAAACCAGUGCCAAGAGACGAGCCCAAUUUUCCGAAUUUCAAUCUUUUGUGGAGGUUGAUGUUUUACGAAUGCUUCAUCCUAGCCAAACCAGGUGGCUUUCAUUGACCAGUGUGAUCAAUAGAAUUUUAAAUCAAUGGGAAGCUCUUCGUCUUUUUUUUGAUGCCAAGUGGUUUGAAGAACGUUUAGAAUCUGUCGAAAGAAUUCAUGUUCUUUUAAAUGAUGCUGCGACAAAGCGUUUUAUUUGUUUUUACAGUGGGUUUUACCCAAAGUGA